CCCCGCAGUCGCGCGGGGCCUCCGGUCGCGGACGCCUGGCCUCUUCAGCGAGAAAGUCGCCCCCUUGGGGCAGUUCGUCCCAAAGGGUUUCCUCGAAAGUGUCUGCGAGGGCGCAGUUGUGGAGGGAGCCGCUGUUUAGCCCUGGAGGCGACCCCCUAAGAAGAUGCCUGCCUUCCGCGGAGCGCUCCCCCUGGCUUCCUUCCUACUCGUCUUCUGGGGCGUCUGCUCCCCCGUGUGCGUGGAGGUGCCCUCGGAGACAGAGGCCGUCCAGGGCAACGCCAUGAAGCUGCGCUGCAUCUCCUGCAUGAGGAGGGAGGAGGUGGAGGCCACCACGGUGGUGGAGUGGUUCUACAGGCCCGAGGGCGGUAAAGAUUUCCUGAUCUAUGAGUAUCGGAACGGCCACCAGGAGGUGGAGAGCCCCUUCCAGGGGCGCCUGCAGUGGGACGGCAGCAAGGACCUGCAGGACGUGUCCAUCACGGUGCUCAACGUCACCCUCAACGACUCUGGGCUCUACACCUGCAACGUGUCCCGGGAGUUUGAGUUCGAGGCGCACCGACCCUUCGUGAAGACCACGCGGCUGAUCCCCCUCCGGGUCACUGAGGAGGCCGGAGAGGACUUCACCUCCGUCGUCUCGGAAAUCAUGAUGUACAUCCUCCUGGUCUUCCUCACCUUGUGGCUGCUCAUUGAGAUGAUCUACUGCUACCGGAAGGUCUCCAAGGCUGAAGAGGCCGCCCAGGAGAGCGCGUCCGACUACCUGGCCAUCCCAUCGGAGAACAAGGAGAACUCAGUGGUGCCCGUGGAGGAAUAGAAGGGGUGCGGCUCCAGGUGACGUACAGGAAGCAGGAGGGAAGGUAGAUAAGGAUGGCGAUUGUACAGCGACUUUAAACUUGGGCCCUUGGAUGACUUUGUACCUACCCGAGUCCCACCCUCAGGACACUGCUCUAAGUUGAUGCCCGACUCACAGAGCUCUGUGUGAUGUCAAGCCCUCCAGAGGGAAUUGCGUUGGCUGAGUGUUGGGGCAGCUGGAACUCCUUCCCGUAGUGACGCAGGCAGAGCAGUUCUCCCCUCCCUCCUUGUUAGGACGUGCGUCUGGUCAGAGCCGUGCUGCUGGACGGGCCUCCUCAGUGAGCUGUGCUGCCAGUGACAGGUGACCUGAACACAGGGACUGGGUGCCCAGCUUCAGUGAUGUCACCGCACCAGGAGGUGCCCCAGAGGCCACACUGCCCCCCUCCUCCUCUGGCCUCUAACUCCAUCCCACCUCCACACACCACCAGCCUCUGCCCGAGCUGAGGAGCCAACCUCUCUCCACAUACGCCGCCGCACCCCGCCUGGCGUUUGGGCAGCAGCAGCCAUGCCCACUGGACUGCUCCCCGGGCGCCGAGCGGCUGUGCACAAGUCUGGAGGCAGCACAGCCCCUGCCCGUCACGGGAACUGGCUCGCGCCCACUGACUACUCCACGUGAAGGGCUGUCUUCGUGG